UCCCUAUUCUGUCCACCCCUUGACUCUGCGUUGGUCGCGGUUAUCGUCAGAGAUUACAAAGAUUUUAAUGUUUGCAUUGAUAUACUUAACACAUUGGCCAAAGAAGCAAAUCACGUUUUGGAAUCUGAGCAUGAAUCUGAAUUGUCCGAAAAUGGCAGCGGCUACCAUAAAAGUUACUCGAGCGAACCAAGUUCGGUAUAUGAAAAUGGCGACGGUUCGGUAACCAGUGUCGAUUUUCUGAUGGAUCAUCUUUAUUUUGAAGACGAAUUCGAUUUUGAUGGUAAAGAUGAAGAGAUAAUGCCGGAUGAGGAGAUCGAAAGAUAUAAUUCAUGUUGCUCCGAAGGCGAGUUUACAACUGAAUCGUUAGAGGGAUUCUUGAAGGAAUGUUUCCCGACGCUCUCUAAAACUAAGAUCAAAUCUUUGAUUAGAGAAUGUAACGAUGCCGAGAUUAUUUUUGAAAAAAUUUUGAAAGAAGCGCAGCAAAAAGAAACCACAUACUCGUAUACAUCAUCUUCAGGUUCUUUCGUAGUGAGGGGUGAUGAUGAUGAGGACAACUCAUUAAUAUCUGAAUCGCGAUUCAAGCAUCGAAAGAAGAAAAGAUUAAGGAAACAAUUUCAAAUCGAUUCUUAUUCUCCAAAUUUUAACACAACCCCAAAUAGUCCAACUUCAAAAACGACACCGUUAUCACCUUGGAAUACGCAGUGGCCCCCACCUGAGUCGGAAAGACUAUCAUCUUGGGAUAGCCAAUGGCCGCCGCUACCAUCAUCUGUUCCUCCAGAAAAGAAGACACAUACCAAUGUCUCAUGCGAUUAUAAACCAAAUUUAAGUGAUCAACGAGACUCGAUCAUUAGAUUAUCUGACAUAUUUCCUGAUCGCAGCGUUCAAUCAUUGGAAAAGGCUCUAGAGACCGCAAAUGGUGUUGAAGAGCGUGCUAUCGAGAUAUUAUUAGGGGUGAAUACUGUAGCUGAGGAUAGAGCAUGUUCAAACAAUUCAUCGCGCAGUACGUUCUUAUCGGAUGGGCUCGGUUUUAAAAUUGAAACUGAGCAAUAUAAAGCCAUUAGACCGAAGAAAAGCAAUACUCCCAUUAGGUCACCAAAUACUUUCACUUUAACCCAUGCUUCCUCUUCUACGAGAUUCACGCACGAUCAAAAUCCUUCGGAUGACGAAGCAAGUUCUGAUUACGAACCCAAAUAUUGUCGCCAAAUGGCCAAUGAAUGCAUGGAAAAACGUAAUGAUGCAUUCCGAAGAGCGGUCAAGGCUUGGAAAAGUUCGCGCAAAUCUCGUUAUGGUGACGGCGGAAUUGCAUCCCACUAUUCAGCCGAGGGACAUAAAUAUGAUCAAGAAAUGAAAAAAUGGAAUUCAAGAGCCGUGAAGUCUAUGUUAAAACAAAGAAGUAGAGUAGAUGAAUAUCUCCUUGAUCUUCACGGGUUGACAGUCAAUGAAGCUACAACAGUUGUAAAAGAAAGAUUAAGUCGAUUGCAUAAUUCAAAGGGGACGACGAAAUCUGGCGAUAUGUUCUUCAGGCCACUAAAAAUUAUUACAGGUAUAGGCAAGCAUUCGCCUAAUAGAAUAGCGAAAUUGCCGGAGGCGAUAGACCGCUUUUUGCACGAAAACAAUUGGGACUUUUCUAAACAUAAAGGAUAUGUACUGGUCAAAGGUCGUAAUAGUAAGUAA